GAGCGGGAAGCUGCAGGGCAGACGGAUCGGCUUCGUGACGUCCGGCGAUGAACCAGCUCACGAGCUCGACAAGCAGCUGUACAGCUUCACAAUUGCGAGAUCAGGUGGGAGGCUGUCUUUGUUCACUGUCUCUUGUCGCCGGAUCUCAUUCCAUCAGGGUUCAACACUCGGAUGCACGAGUCAACUCAUCACUCGAGCCUUCCUUAGCCUGGGCCUGCCCCGCUUCUGCAGGAACGACGGCACAGGGAAGCAGCUCACGCGGCAGGAGCACUCGACAGCUCCGGCUUCAUUAGCAGGCACUGUCUCGUGACCGGCAUCUCGACACUCUCCAUCGCGUGAUACGUCUCUGAUGACUUUCCUCCUUGAUUACUGACCCAGCGACGACCUUCCUCCGUGAACCGAAUACCAUCAACAUCCUCCGAACGACCCCUCACGACCACCGCCAGCAUGCUACAACCGCUGCAGUAUGCGCCAUGGACGACCGACGUCGAACUCGCUUUCUACUCAGCCCUCGCCUCCCUGAAGAUCAACCAUGACAAACUUGACUCCUCCGCGCGUAAGGUGCUCGGCCUGUACGAGAUCAAGCACUCGGAUGCGCCUGAGCGAAGUACGAGGAUGCAGAUACACGGCUCGGCGCUUACAAAUGAUGAAACACCCAACGGACUUUACCGCGCCGAGGGCCUGAUAAAGAACUUCAAUACUGUGGAGGAGUUCCGAGAGGUCGACAAGGCUGCACACAUCGAGCGAGCUGGGCGGAUGAUCUGGGACGCCAUUCGAGACGGAACUAUUUACGAGUGCCCAUCGCUGUUGUGCUCCUUCACAGCUCUCUGCUUCGCCGAUCUCAAGAAGUACAAGUUCACCUACCAUUUCGCAUAUCCUGCCCUUCACUCAGACCCACAAUGGCGCAUGGUCGCGCCAAACAACAAUCCAGACGCUGCCAUGACGAAGCUCGAAUCGAAAGAAACCACAUUACUUGUGGAUGCAGUGCAGACGUGGAGGUAUAGCGUGGAUGCCAGACAACACGGCUUCUUCCUGGCAAAGCGAUUACGAAAGGCAGUGCUCGAGGAAGAGUGGAAGAGAGGGUGGGGUGAGGUGGAGGAAGAGGAAGAGGACGGGAAUCUAUGCUCGAAGAGAAAGAAGAGUACACGAUCUUCCAGUCUGAGUGAGCUAGGCUUCUUGUGGUGGGUUGGCCCGCUCAGCAGCUAUGAGACGGGAUUCUUCAAGAACGCUCGACCAGAGGAUUGUUAUGUUUGCUUCGCGGACCCUUCAACCUUCCCAGCAAACCCAGGGUGGAUGCUGCGAAAUCUGUUAGUCUUGGUGCGCCAGAGAUGGCAUCUCGACAAAGUCCAGAUCUUGAGCUACAGAGACACGCAUGCGAGACGAGACAAGCCAACAUCAUUAAUCAUGACUUUGCAAACCUCAGAGCCAGUUUACGACUUUGCUGCUGAGGACCAGCUCAAGAAGUUGACGGAGAUGAGUGGCUCGUCCGCACUACUGCCCGGUCAAGUCGAUCAAUUUGGCGAACUAAUCGUGGAGGAGCCAGUCGAACGGAAAGCGGACUCGAAGGAGCUGCCAAUACGGCCUCCACCGGAGAAAGCCCUCAAAUUCCCCAAGGUCACAGGAUGGGAACGUGCUGAGCAGAACAAGGUCGCUUCACGAACAGUGGACUUGGCGGCAUAUCUUGACCCUUCACGACUUGCGGAUCAAGCCGUGGAUCUCAACCUCAAACUCAUCAAGUGGCGGAUAGCGCCGUCUAUCGAUCUGGACACGAUCAAGAGCACCAGAUGUCUGCUGCUCGGGGCAGGAACCUUGGGAGCGUAUGUGGCACGAAACCUGAUGGGCUGGGGCGUGCGAAAGAUUACCUUCAUCGACAACGGUCGCGUCAGCUACUCGAACCCUGUGCGACAGCCGCUCUACGACUUUAAAGAUUGCCAAGGUGGCGGAGUUUACAAAGCUCAGAGGGCCGCCGACAUGUUGCACGAGAUUUAUCCUGGCAUCGACGCGGAAGGCGUGGUGCUGAGUGUUCCCAUGGCAGGGCAUCCGAUUAUCGGCGAUGAGACCAAGAUUGAGAGACAGUACGAGCAGCUUAAGAAGCUAAUCGAUGCUCACGAUGCCAUCUUUUUGUUGAUGGACUCGCGCGAGUCCAGAUGGUUACCGACCGUCAUGGGCAAGACAGCAGGCAAGAUUGUCAUCAACGCAGCACUCGGAUUCGACUCGUAUAUGGUCAUGCGACAUGGUAUGCGGGAGCGACCCUCAACAGAAGGUGGAGACGAGAGCACAGUCACAAUACAGGCUGCCGACGAUCCGGAUCCACUCAAGACUGCUGCAGGCAUACCGUCAAAUGGCACGAGUGCUGUUGCCACCCAGACAGAUGAGCUCAGCUGCUACUUCUGCUCUGACGUGGUGGCACCGGCGGAUAGCCAGAAGUCUGCGACCCUCGACCAGCAAUGUACAGUGACGAGACCUGGAGCAGCUCCGAUCGCAUCAGCACUUGCAGUCGAACUUCUUGUCUCGCUGACACAACAUAGACUGAAAGGCUUUGCACCGGCAUCACAGCCUCCCACAUCAACAGCUAUCGCAUCAGCACCUCCCACGGACCCCAAAUCACCGGACUCACAUCCUCUCGGCACAGUUCCACACCAGCUUCGCGGGUACAUGUCGACUUGGCAAACGCUGCAGAUCAAGGGCAAGGCCUACGAUUGCUGUUCUGCCUGUUCGCCCAAAAUUCUAGGAGCUUACGAGCGAGACGGAUGGGCUUUUGUCAAGCGGGCAAUGAAUGAACGGGGCUUCGUGGAAGAAGUCAGUGGACUGGCGGAGGUGCAGAGGCAGGCAGAGGAGGCUGCCAAGGCAAUGGAAGACGAAGAAGAUGAGUGGCCUGAUGAGGAUGAAGAGGGCGAACUGAUAUAGGGAGAAAUCUGAAGCAAGUGCUGCUUGACUCAGGUUAGUUCUGCAAUGCGUGACGGCGCCUGCUUGCUAAAGCGGCUUCGCUGGCUACUACUUACACUAUGAUACAAUGCAUGCCUAAACUUGAUGGGGUUCGAGAUCUUUCUUCCCA